AUGGAUAAUGACACAUCAGUGUUUCUUCUCUUGGAAUUCUCAAAGAUUUGGGAGCUACAGAUGAUGUAUGUAGUUUUAUUCUUGAUACUUUAUUUAAUGACCAUAACAGGGAACCUUCUCAUCAUCUCUGCUGUUGUUUUUGACCACCACCUUCAUACCCCCAUGUACUUCUUCCUGAUGAAUUUAGCCAUGCAAGACAUUGGUUCAGUUUCAGUCAUUAUCCCCAAAGCUAUUUUUAAUUGUCUUAUGAAUAUCAGAUAUAUUUCUUAUUCUGGUUGCGUUGCACAAAUCCUGUUGUACGUCUUCUUCCUGGGCUCUGAUAUUCCCCUUCUUACUGUCAUGGCAUAUGAUCGAUAUGUAGCCAUUUGUAAUCCUUUGCAAUAUGAAAAGAUAAUGAACAAAAAAGCCUGCACCAAAAUGAUUGGCAGUGUGUGGAUUGUCAGCCUUUUCCUUGCUAUAUUACACACCACCAUGACUUUUCUUACUCAUUUCUGCUCUAAUAUUAUUAAUCAGUUCUACUGUGAAGUCCCACAGUUACUUAAGUUAGCCUGCUCUGAUUCAUAUGGAACUGAAUCUGGAAUUAUGCUGUUUGGUACUAUAUUAUCAUUGGGUUGCUUCUUCUUCAGCACUGGGACCUAUGUGCAGAUCCUCUCUGCUGUUCUGAGAAUCCCUUCUGUUCAAGGGGGAAGAAAGGCCUUCUCCACUUGCUUACCACACCUCACUGUCUUCUCGAUAUUUAUGUUUACUGGUGCCUUUGCUUACUUGAGGCCCACAUCUGAAAGUCCUUCACACCUUGAUUUCAUAAUUACAAUGAUGUAUUCCAUAAUUCCACCAUUGCUGAAUCCAUUAAUCUAUGGCAUGAGAAACAAGGAUAUUAAAGCUGCUCUUACAAGGCUUCUCAGCCUGGAGUUAUGUCUUUUUAAAGAUACAUAA